UCUCCUCAUUCAUUGUGCGCUCUCUGCCUUGCAAGCGUAUGUUUCCUUACAGCACUAUGGCCAGGGACAACCGAUAGAGACACAGCAACAUCCUAGGACCUUCUCUCCCCUCCCGCUCCCCUGCUUCGGACGUGCUCUCCGUUAACGCCGUCAUGCUCGACUUUCUCCAUUUUGGUGGCCUAGACAAGCCGAACGGUGGAUGGCAUUCUCUCAUAGGUAUAAUCACGGCAAUAAUAGGCAACAUCCUCAUUUCGUUUGCCUUGAAUACACAGCGAUACGCGCAUAUCCGACUUAAUCGCCAAUACCAACAAGAUGAGGAAGAGAGGAAACGAGACAAACGGAGUGCAAACCGCGACUCCCAGCAGGAGCGGAUAGCUGAAGAAAGGGAGCAGCAGAACCUCAAUGGAAACGGCAGUCAUGCUGAAGCCUCAGAAUCUGAUCCGCUGCUUCCCUCGUCUGCCUCUACCUCGUCCGAGUCGACCAUCCGCCCGAACAAGAACUCGACUGCCACGGGACCGAAGUCAUACUUAAAGUCUCCGAUAUGGUGGCUCGGGAUUGCGCUCAUGACAGUCGGCGAGGCUGGAAACUUCCUCGCCUACGGCUUUGCGCCUGCCUCGGUCGUAUCACCACUCGGUGUCGUAGCCUUGGUCUCAAACUGCUUGAUCGCGCCUUUGUUGCUGCACGAGCAAUUCAGAAUAAGAGAUGGACUUGGUGUUAUAGUCGCUGUUGGUGGUUGUGUUACAGUCGUUCUCAGCGCCAGCGACAACAACCCAAGGCUGGGUCCUGACAAGAUUUGGGAGUUGAUCUCGACGUGGGAGUUCAAGACGUACUUUGGGAUCACCGUCUUCUUGAUGCUAGUCUUGAUGUCAGUGAGCUCGAGAUAUGGACACAAGUCUGUCAUGAUCGAUCUUGGACUUGUUGGCUUAUUUGGUGGUUACACUGCGCUAUCGACAAAAGGCGUCGCAUCAUUGCUGUCCAACACCAUCUGGCACGUCGUCACGUUCCCCAUCACAUACCUACUGGUCGCAGUGCUGGUGACUACAGCCGUUCUGCAGAUCAAGUAUCUCAACAGAGCUCUUCAGCACUUCGAUUCGACGCAGGUCAUCCCUGUUCAAUUCGUACUCUUCACCCUCUCAGUCAUCAUUGGCAGCGCGAUCCUCUACCGCGACUUCGAACGUACAACGACCGACGACGCCAUCAAGUUCUUCGCAGGCUGUGCUCUGACAUUCUCAGGAGUCUGGCUCAUCACCUCGGGUCGCGGAAAGAGCAGACAACACGACGAGGAAGAAGGAUCAGAAGAUGGAGAAGCCAUUGACCUGUUGGACGAAGAACACAACCAGCCUGAGAUCCGCGAACGACACGACAGCAACACCCGCCGUGCAUCGCUUCAACCACCCUCCGACCGCCGUCUGAAAUCCUCCCAUUCAGACGCUCCCUCGUUCGUCAUCACCUCCGACGACACACCCUCCCAACCAUUCACCUUCGAAGCCUCGUCACCAUUGAAUGAAAACCCUUGGGCCCUCCCCGCACCCGCCAACAUCUCCUCCAUCCACCCACGCUCGUCCGCCAGCGUAGCAGCCGAGCAAAAUUCAAAGAACCCUCCUCCCAUGCACGCUACAACUUCCGCCCCCGUGCUUCCUACAAUCGCAUCUCAAAAAUUGAGCCCGAGACGACCUACAACGCCCAACCGAGGAAUUAGUAGUCCCUCGAUGGAGCAUAGUCCGAAUGCACUUUCGCCUUCUCACCAGAGAUAUAGAAAUAUCGAUGUCAGCGAAGCUACACCAGGACGCUUAAACACUUUGACGCAAAUUCUCCCUGGCCCGCUCACAAACACGUUAUCUUCAUCUUUGUCUGCAAUCGUAGCGGAUUCACUACGCAAAGGCAUCGUGGAGUCGUCACCCUCCAAUCGCCGCAGGGUUUCUGGCAGAAGCAGCAGAGCAGAAGUAAUGGAAGCGUUGAGGGAAGGCCAAGAAGAGGGUGUAUUGCAAAGACCAGGUACAGGGAGUGGGAGGAAGAGGGACAGGAGUUUGAGUGCUACAUUGAGCGAUAUGUUUCAUGGGGGAAGGAGGAGUAGAAGUGGGACUCUAGAGGAGGUUCCUGAUGAGGAGGAAGCUGUACGGUGAUGAUGGAAAAAGUGGG